CCAGCAGUCACGUGGUGUGCAGGCUCCCUUCUGCCCAUGCUGGCGCAGGGAAGCGUGUUAGCAUUAGCAGCGGUCCUGCUGUAAAAUUAAUAACUAAAUUAUUAACACUGUUAGCAGCUGUACCGGGCAGCCAUGUCGGAACUGAAGAUCAACAAGAAGUUUGCAGAGAAAUACGACAAAUACAGGCAGAAAGAGGAGCUGCAGAAACUGAAGGAUCGCUUUGGGGACCAGGAUGAAGAAAGUUCCUCUGGGUCUUCAGACUCUGAAUCGGAUGAGGAGAGUGAAGUGGAACUUGAUCCUAAACUGGAGAGGGAUUUUUACAGAACACUUUCUCUACUGAAGAAAAAGGACCCAAAGAUCUAUCAGAAAGAUGCAAAGUUCUAUGAAGAGGAGGCUUCCAGCUCAGGAAGUGAUGAGAAACCCUCCAUUUCUCAAAAGGCAGAAAAACCAAUGUUCCUGAAGGACUAUGAGCGUAAAGUCAUUUUGGAGAGAGGAGGAAAAUAUGAGGAUGAUGAGGACGAUAGUGAAGCUGAAGAAGCUGCCAGAAAGAUGCAGGAGAGAGCAAUGUCUCCCAGCUACAUCCAGGAGCAGGAGGACCUGAAAAAGAGCUUUCAGAAGUUUGUGCAAGAUAGUGAUGCCGAGGGCAGUGAUGAAGAAGAGGGGCAGUUCUUAAAGCGCAGAACCAAAACACAGGAAGAAAAGGAUAAAGAGGAGGCUGAUUAUGUGGACUGGUUGAAAGGCCAGGCAGAGCUGGAGGGGAAGGAUGAAGUUCAGGACAUGAAAUACCUGAAGGAAUACUGGAAUGAUCCCAAACUGGAUGAAAAAGAAUUGUUUUUACGUGACUACAUCCUGAACAAGGGAUACCUGGAAGAAGAUGAAGAGAAAAUUCCCACCUAUGACGAGCUAAUGCAGGAGGAUGUGGAAGACUCUGAGGAGGAAGGAGAAUCAUUCCUGCAGCAGCAGGAGAGCUUUGAGAGGAACUACAACUUCCGGUUUGAGGAGCCCGGAGCUCAGCAGAUUAAGACCUACCCACGAAACAUUGCCACCUCUGUCCGAAGUAAAGAUGUCAGGAGGAAGACAAAGAGGGAGGAAGUAAAGGAGAGGAAGAAAAAGGAGAAAGAACAGAAGCAGCAACAGCUGAAGGAGUUGAAGAACCUGAAAAGAGCAGAGAUCAUGGAGAAGCUGAAGAAACUGCAGGAACUCACAGGGAAUAAAGAGCUGGCCUUCAGUGAGGUGGAUCUGGAUGGAGACUUCGAUCCUCAGCAGCACGAUCAGCUCAUGCAGACAGUUUUUAAUGAGGAAUAUUAUGGGGACUGCGAGGAGGAAAAACCGCAGUUUGAUGAUGAAGAUGAGGAGUUGGAGGAACGCUGGAAUUGGGACACAUGGAUGGGUAAGGAAGAGGAUGGAUAUGUAGAAGAGAAAGAAUAUCAGGAGCAGGAGGAGGAGGAGGGAGAGAAUGAGGGUGGAGAGCAGAGCUACCAGCCGGACUGUGAGGAUCCGGACUUUAUUAUGGAUGCAGACUACGAUCCCAGUCAGCAUGCACUCUCUAAGAAGCAGAAGAAGAAACUGAAAGAUCUGAAGAAGAAGAUGAGCAGAGAGGAUGCUCCGCUGAUGGGCAAAAAGAGGAAGAAAUCUCGCUUUGCUGAAAUCAUCACUCAGAACAAGCCAGUUUUUGACCCACAUGAGAAGUCGUUUGAGCAGUACCUAGAUGAGUACUACAAAUUGGACUUUGAGGACAUCAUAGAUGACCUGCCCUGCAGGUUCCGCUACAGAGAAGUGGUGCCCAAUGACUUUGGUCUGAGCACUGAUGAGAUCUUGGCAGCAGAUGAGAAGGAGCUGAAUCGCUGGUGUUCGCUGAAGAAGACCUGCAUGUACAGGAGUGAGAAUGAAGAGCUCUGUGACGUGAAGAACUACCAGAUCAAAGCUAAAAAUGUCAAUAAGAAGAAACAAGUCUUCACUUCCUUAUACACUGAGGAUGAUGAACUACCUGGCCAGUCAGACACUAAAGUGAAGAUGGGUAAGAAGAGGAGGGACCGGCUGAAGAACGCAGAGAACUCGGAGAAAGGACUGAUGAAGGAGGAGGAGGAGGAGAAUGAGGGGGCGGAGUCUAUUUCAGGAGCUUCAGCGUCUAAAUUGUCAGAUGAUGUUGCAGCCGAAGCUCUGACUGUGCUUAAAAAGGACGAGGAGGAGGAGGAUGAUUCAGAGUUCCUGGUUCCGAAGAAGAAGAAGAUGAAAGUGGAGAGAACUGCUGUUAAAGAGGAAAGCAGAGCGUCUCACAAAGAAAAGCCCAGGACUGAGAAGCCCAAGCGGCUGAAGAAACGUCCGCAGGGCGGGCGGCUGAUUUCUCGCAGUGCUCUCACAGUCAGAAUGGGAGGCCAAGAUUUCAGCAGGCAGAGACUGAGAGCGUACGGCCUGAACCCCAACAAGCUGCAUUUCAGACAAUUUUACAGGCAGAAACGAAAAGACACAGAAAAGCCAGAGAAGCUGAAAAACAAAACUGAGGAAACUAAUUAAGAGCUGGUGUUAAGACUGACAUGGUUAAUAAGGGACUAAGAUUUUACUGAGUGGGCUUUACGUGAACAUUGUAAUCUGAUUAUAAACAGAUAUCUGCAGUUAUCUGAUCAUUCAAGUAGACUUUUCAAAAAUCCAGUUAAUACUGCAUUAUGCUGAUUGGCCAUCAGCAGCCAGAGUCAGAGAGAGAAAACACAAUUGGCCGUGCUUUUCCUUUCUUACGGUGGGUAGAUGGCUCUCUCUCUCCUCUCGCCACAUCUCUUCCAUGUUUCUGAUGUUUGUCUGCACAGUCGUCUGUUAGCUGAUGUAUCAAAACUGGGCAUGCGGUGCUUUCCUCUGAGUGCACUGGCCAAGCACUGAUGCAUCAUUGGCUAGUUACAAAGCAAAAAUCCAAUUAUUUUCCUGCACAUGUAAACACAAAAGUUCAUGUAAACACAAAAGUUCAUGUAAACACAAAAGUUCAUGUAAACAUGUUGAUAAGAUUACUGACCAAAAAAUGCUCUGCAGUAAUCGGAUUAUGAAGUGCAUAAUGUGUAAGUGCACACUCACUGUUUUGGGAACCAUUGAACAUUUUUUUCUAUUGGCUAAAAAUAUCAGUGCAUACUGAUGUACAGUUACACUGUGUAGUCAAAUAUAGAAUAAUAAUAAAUGAUACAGUGGAGUUUCAGUUUUACAUACACAUUUCACAUUUCAGCUGUUCAAUUCCUCUUGUUUAAUAUAUUAAAAAUAAAUAUUUUAUAAAAGG